AAGGAAGUGGCGGCCCUGUCAAAAGCCGCUUCCGCAUUGGUUGCUCCGGGGUGGUUUUCGCCGGUGGUGACACCUCGGGCCUCCGGGUUAACCAUGGGCGACACGGAGCUGGAAUACUCCAUCGUUUUCCCCGAUCCCUCCGAUUCAGACCUUAAAGAAGACCCUGUGAUAAUUUUGUUGGGUUGGGCUGGCUGCCAAGACAAACAUUUAGCAAAAUACAGCUAUAUCUACAAAAAUCAGGGCUGUGUGGUCCUCAGAUACACUGCUCCAUGGCGUCAGAUAUUUUUCCCUGGAAUCUUCAGAAGAAAUCUACGCUACAUUGCAAGAAAGCUCUUAGAUCUUCUGUUUGACAUUGGCAUAGAAGAGCAUCCAAUCUUGUUCCAUGUUUUCAGUAAUGCUGGCAGCAUGCUCUAUCGCCACAUUGUCGAGCUCUUGAUCAACCAAAAUGAAACUUAUUUCACAAAGUUUAAUGUCAUAGGGACCGUUUUUGACAGUGCACCUGGAAAUAGGAACUUACUAGGUAGUGUCCGAGCUCUGAAUGUAGUUUUGGGUUCUUCAGUCAACAGUUUUGUGAAGUGUUUUGCUCUUCCUGCUUUCAUCUUGGUGGCAGUCUUUCAAGUUUUGCUCUACCCAGCAAAACAAUUUUUUUCCCUAUCACACUAUGAUGCUUUGAAAGCGGACCCUUCAAGAUGGCCUCAACUUUUCUUAUAUUCAAAAGCAGAUAAAAUAAUUUCUUACAAGGAUGUAGAGGAAAUGAUAAAAGCUAGAAAACGGUUAAAUAUUGAAGUGCAAUCAUUGGAUUUUAACUCAUCGCAGCAUGUAAACCAUUUUAGAAAAUUCCCUGAUAAAUAUUCUAUCAGCUGCAUCGGUUUCUUCACAGAAUGUGUUUGGAAACAUUUACCUAAAUACUAUGAUGAGAAACCAUUGAAUGUGUUAUAAACAACUCUUAACCCAAUACACCAAGCAAAUCAUUGCAGUUGGCCUUAAUGCCCUUGGCUGGCUGGGGUAGGGAGGGUGGGGAAAAGGAAGGAGGAAUGAUAUAAAGUCGGUCAGUGUCCCGCUUCUGAUUGUAAUUUGGAAUUUCCAGGAAAGUUCUCAUGUUAAAUUUAAAUGGGGUAACAGUAAACUCAUUUAUGGUAUCCUUUGAAAGUAAUGCUUAUGCUAAUGCUUAUUCUUUUGGUUAACAUUUAAACAGUAGUUGUUUUAAUGAGGUUUUGUAGGUUCUCAGCAUCUUCGAGAAUGGGUGACAAAGUGAGGUGGACAGCAGAAUUUCUUUUUAAUCUUCAAUGGAUGGAUAUCUUGCUGGAUAUGACCAUACAAACACUACAACGAUUUUAGCUCCUGAAUAUUUGGAAGGAAUGUCAAAGCUAUACAAUGCAAGUUCAAACAGUCAUAUUGAAUUUGCUGUAGCAUUCUGAUAAUACAUAAUAAACCAAUCCUAAGCUUAUUUUUGUUUGUCCACUAGACCACAAGAAAAUAGAAACAGAAGUAGGCCAUUAGGUCCUUCAAGCUGCUCCAUCAUUUAAUAUCAUAGCUGAUCUAUGCUGGCCUCAAACCAUCUGCUGUGCCAUUUCUCUAUACCCCUCUAUUGCUCAAUCUAUCAAAUAUUUUUAUAUGUUCACUAUAAAUUCUAAUAGUGAUCCAGUUUCUACCAACUGCCGGAGCAAAGAAUGCCAGAGACUCACUGCCUUCUGUGAGAAGAAUGAUGUGAGAUGACCUCCUAUGGCAUUUAAUACUUUGUGUUGAAAUAUUAAUGCAAGAUUCUGAAUUGUUCAUAGAUUGGAGAAUUUUUUCAAAUUGACUAAUUCUCUUUUUAGCAAGUCAAGCACUUAGUGGCUUAACCUCAUUAGGGAAUAUGGGCAUUUUUCUCAAAACAAUACAGACUCCAUGCUAUGUGUGCUCCUGCGUUGUUGUCAGGCAGGUAUUUUCAGGAUUUUUGCCUAGCAAUGAACAAAUGUAUGAUGUGGAGAAGAUGGUGCUUUCAUUGCCUGCUAUAUCUUGCUUUCAUUGUUCUGGUGGAAGUUGCGGAUUUUGAUAAACUGUUAAUAAACUAUGGAAAGAUGCUGCAGACAAAAAUUCAUGCAGGGUUCAAAGCACUCAAUUCUUCCUUAACCAUUCAAUUCGCUCUGAAUAACUUCCAGAAGUCAUUCAACCCCGUGAUCUAGGUUCUGCUAAUUCUGGCACCUUCCUCAUUUCCAGUUAUAAUCACUGCACUGUUAAUAAUUAUGUUUUCAGUCAUUUGUCCUCUGGAAUCCUCAGCCCCUCUUUAGGCUGGUCUUUGAAACGUUUUUCCAUGGCCAGGCUUCAGGUCACCAAUUCUAGCUUCUACGGCUCGUUAUAUUUUAUAAGUAGGCAUGGACGUAUCUUGAGAUGUUUUGCAAUGUUAGACAGCUUGUAUGAAUGCAAGUUGUUGUUUUUGUUCUGUUUCUGAAUAACUUGGCUGACAAGGUUCAUCAAACAUUUAACACAUCGCUAUAAUCAUGUAAUUCCAUUAACCUCUAUAAUUGUUUUGUGGGGCAUCUUGGGUUUUGGAUUCUUGCAGACCUGAUGACAAUGCAAGUGCAUUGAUUGUUUUGCUAUUUGUACUACUUUUGAUGUAUAGCUCUAUGAUUGAUGCAUAUUUAUUAUUAACUCCCAUAGCUGCUGCUAUUUGAGUUCCUUCUGUUUUGGUAUCUUGAAUAUCCACAAUUUUAAACGGGGUUUAAACAUUUAGUAUCUCUGUUCUGUGUAUAGACUUUGUUCAGUUUCAUGGCUUGAUACAUAAAAUGGUAGUAGGCUUUAGUCGGUGUAUUUUAAACCACCCGAACAAUGAAUCCAUAGCUUGUUAAAUAAAAUGUCUUCAACUUUGUCAAAACAAUGCAAGAGGAAACCUCCCCUCUAUCUUUUAGGUAUCUAUUUUAAUUGAGUGGUUGAAGGUAAUAGUUUUGUUUUAUAAUGGAUAAAUCUUUUCAAUUUUCACUCUCUGACUUUGGAUCAUCAGUGCUUUCCUAAUGCCUCAGAGAUGCAUCUUGGCUAGUCAACUUUAGCAGCUGUUGCACUAAUUGAACUGCAUUUGUACUUGCAUGUCUUCAUUAUCUGAGAUUUAUCAAAAACCAAAUAUAUUGUACAUUUAUCAAAAACAUACCUCUCCACUUUGUCAAAGUGGACAGUGGAAUCUAUUCAUGAUUAGAUGUUUUAUACUUUUGCAUAAUUUAAGACUGUGUAUAACAAACUGAAACAAACUGUUGGUAAAACCAAAUAAAUAAUUGGUUGUAUUAUUUCCAGUUAUUAAGGGGGGGGGGGCUGCAUGGCAGCAGUUAAACUUAGAACCUCUCAUCCCUUGUAAAGUCAGAAUAAUCUAAAAUGUGUUAAUAUGUUCUGCGAGUGUACAACAUUCUCUGUAAUUUUCUCAUUCUCCACACUUCAGCAAUGGAUUUGUAUAACUGCAUUGCUGAAAAAAAUUGUGCAGGAUUUAUAUAUAAAAAGCAAUUUUGAAAAGCU